AUGCCUGUUCCUUGGGAGGCCCUUAUUCCGUGUGGACUUUUGGUCGCCAUGUUCGGUGUUACCGGAAACCUUUUCUCAGCCGCCAAGUUCUUGACCAAUGAUGGCAAGGCCCCCCGAUACAACAUUGACACUUGGGAGUCUAUGAUGAUGGAGCGUGACAGAAGAUUAACAGGGUCCUUAAGAGGACAAUCGACCGAACCCAUCGCCCCCAAGGCUUUCGCUACUAACUCUAUCUGGGAGACGGAGAGGAUUCACUAG